AUGACAAGUAUAACUUUACACGUUAUGAGCUGUUUUGCCGCGUCUUUAGUACUAGUGCUUGGUGACCUUCACAUUCCAUACCGCGUACACGACCUUCCCUUCAAGUUCAAAAAGCUUCUGGUUCCCGGCAAAAUACAGCAAAUAAUAUGUACGGGAAAUGUAUGUGACAAGGAAACAUUUGAUUAUUUGCGUACAGUGGCGGCCGACGUACAUGUCGUGCGAGGAGAUUAUGAUGAGUCUCCAAGCUGGCCCCUCUCUAAAGUCAUAAGUCACGGUCCUAUUCGCAUCGGAGUUCUUCAUGGUCACCAGGUGAUUCCCGUUGGAGAUCCGGAAUCGUUAUCAAUUGUGGCGCGUCAAAUGGACGUGGACAUUUUAUUAACGGGUCACACGCAUCGAUUCGAAGCGUUUGAAUGCAACGGCAAAUUUCUUGUCAAUCCGGGCAGCGCCACUGGCGCCUAUUCGGGAUUUGUGACUGAGGAUGUCAGACCUUCGUUCGUUCUGAUGGAUAUUCAAGGAGUUGUGGUGGUCACCUAUGUCUAUCAAUUAAUCAAUGGUGAGGUGAAGGUUGAUAAAGUCGAAUACAGGAAGAAUUAUGAUACAAAUAGGGUUUUGUAA